AAAAACUACAAUUACAGGGAGAAGCAAGGCGCAGGUUUAGUAACGGUGCCUAAUCUUAAAGCAGCACCAAGGUUGAGUGAGGUUGGAACCAGGGAGUAGCAGGACUGAAGGCCUGGAUUUGGUGGCCAGAAGAAGGAGCAGCGUGGCUUCCCUCUCCUCCUCUCAUGUCCCCUCCCUGUGUGUCCUUGCAUGUCAGUGCCCCCUCGUCUCCCCCACCCCUGUGUCUCACCCCCUCAGCCCUUUGUGUUCCUCCUCCUCAUGCUCGGGACAGACUGGCCUCACUGUCAGACCAAUGACUGCCUGGAUCAUACUGCCUGUCAGUCUGGCUGCCUUCUCUAUCACUGGAAUAUGGAUAGUGUAUGCUAUGGCUGUAAUGAACCACCAUGUUUGUCCUGUAGAAAACUGGUCGUACAAUGUGACGUGCACAGAGGAAACGGCCAAGCCAGGCUUCCCGAAAACAUGCUGCACACUUCAAGACAUCCCCCUCAUCAGUAAAUGUGGAUCAUACCCUCCAGAGAGCUGUCUGUUCAGUCUUAUCGGGAAUGUGGGAGCUUUCAUGGUGGUUUUGGUGUGUCUGCUUCGGUACGCUCAGAUCAUCGAGCACAGGAGCCACUGCUGGCUGAACACCAGUGGACUCGUGUCUGGAUGCACCAAUGCUGUAGGACUGGUCAUUGUGGGCAACUUCCAGGUGGACCAUGCUAAAACACUUCACUAUGUAGGUGCAGGUGCUGCCUUUCCAGCAGGCAUUCUAUUCGUGUGUUUGCAGUGUGUGCUGACAUAUCGGCUGGCUGUCACUGCUUUGGACUACUGGAUGGCUUAUGUGCGAGUGGCACUGGCUACUGGUGCUCUCGUCACACUCGUUCUCAGUGGAAUAUUCUUCAUCCAUGAGAGCUAUGUGCUACAACACGCAGCAGCCAUCUGUGAAUGGGUCUUCACUGUAGACAUCCUUGUAUUCUACGGAACUUUCACCUACGAAUUUGGCACCGUCACAACUGACACCAUGUUGGCUGGCCUCCAGCUGAACCUAUUACAUGGGUCUGGUGUUAUUAUUGGAGAUGAUGUCCAAGGAGUUGCCACAAAGGGUCUGAAAUCUCCAGGAGGAAGCAGUACCUCCACCCAUCUGAACUGCACUCCUGAGAACAUUGCAAUGCUUUAAUCCUCUUAUUAACACACACAUCAGCACGCACAUUCACAUACAGGGUGGGAGGCUUCACAGUGGUGCUUCCUACAUUAAAGACCACACUAAGGCAGAGAUUAAACUGAUAAAGGUUUAGAGGAACCGUCCAGUAAAGUCAAGGAAGGUAAAAGGGAUAGUUCAUGCAAAAAUUCAUCAUUUACUUACCCUCAUGUUGUCCCAUAUCAAUAUGACUUCGUUCUUCAGUGGAACACAAAGAGAGAUGUUAGGCAGAAUGACAGCCUCGGUCACCUUUCUGUUUCAAUGAAAGUUAAUGAUGACUAAGGCUUUUAUUUUGCCUAACAUCUCCUUUUGUGUUCCAUGGAAAAAGCCAUAUGGUUUGAACAACAUGAGGGUGAGUAAAUGUUGACAGAAUUUUCAAAUUUGAGUGAACUAUCCCUUUUCAAAUAGAACAAUGACUCUUGUGUAUUACAGUUUGAGAUUUUAAGUUUGUCUUUUUUGAGCAUCCUGUUUUUUAUUGCUCAAGUUCUGCUCCAUGGGCAGUUUUUGGAUGAGAAUCACAGACUGGGCAUUUUAUUAAAGAUAAAGAUGCGUAUUUUAGCUCUAUGCUUUAAGGCUGUUGUUGUUGUAGCACAAAUCAAAUGGUUUGUGAGGCUACUUUGCUGUUGCUUGAACUGUUGCACUGGGCGAUGGAAUAUGUUUUUACCGUCACGUUUGCACGUUUCAGGGUUGUCUCUUUUUGAGCUUGCAUCUAUUUGUCCAGCCUUACUGAUGCAAAUAGAUGAUUUGCACGUAACAAAAUGAAUGAACUCUUAGUUUUAAGUUCUUUUUACUUUAAUGAUUUAUCGAAUUGCAGACUUAUCAGGAUCAAAGUAAUAGUUUUUUACAACCAUGAAUGUCAAAGAUGUAAACUGUAGCUUGGGAGCACCUAUUAUUUUAGAAUCAGAAGAUUGAAAUCCAAAUCUCAUUUAAGCUGUUGAAUCAGCACUUAUUCUUAUUCUACAAUGUUAAAAUAAUUUUUUGUAAUUGUGACCUUUUAAUGAUUUAGUUGGAAGAAUGUCUUUUCAUGCUGGCUUGCUUUAGUAUGGAGCCCCUUAGAGGAAAGGGCGGGAAUUUUCGAACAUAGUUUGCAUUCCCUCACAAUACGUUUUGUGUGCCCUUGCAAUAGUUGUAGUAAAACCAUAGUAACCACAAUCACCAUGGUUAAUCCAUGGUUAGUUCCACCAAAAACUAUGGUUACUACAUUCUACAAUAUUACUAUAGUAAAACCAUAGUUAAACUAUGGUAUUUGUAUAGUAAAUCCAUAAUAACCACAAAAUUAGGAUUUUUAGUACCAUAGCUUUUGUUUUCCUCAAUUAUAACUUUGGUUUCACUACAAAUAUCAUGGUUAAAAUAUGGUUACUGUAGUAAAACCAUGGUAAAUUUAUUGUAGGGGAAUGUAAAAACUUGUUGCAGGGGAACGCAAAACUAUUUCAGAAAAAAAUUCCAGUUCUGUCCUCUAAGGUGCUCUGUACUUUCGUGCUGUUUUAUUCUCAUUUUAAUUCACUGACAAGGUGGAUCUUGUUUUUCGCUUAGAGCACAGGGAAGUGAUGUAAUGUAAGGUGACCAGCUCUAACCUCUGGCCUCCUGGUAUAUUAAAAAAGUAGUCUAGAAUAAGUACAUUCUUACUGUACCUUGAAAGUAGCUACAGGUAAAAAAAAAAAUAUAUAAAAAUUUUUUUUUUACAUUUUUUUUAUUUUUUAUUCUUGUUAUUGUCUUAUGGGUCAUGAAACCAUUUACAAAAUGCCACAUCCAUUAAGCAUUUUACAUUGUGAUUUAUUAGCCUGCAUAUCUUUUCAUGCCAUAACUACUCAUACGUUGUAAAGUUCAAGCGUCGCCUCAUUAACUGGUUUGAAAAGAGUGAUAUUUUUCAUAACCACAAGUCAAUAUCAUAAUUUUUAUUUUUACAGAUUUUCUGUUGCCAAAGGGUUUGUCUCAUUUUGUUAAAUAUGUACUGUACGCCUUUGAUUCAACAACUCUUAUGGUAUUGUUUUUCUGUGUUGCAGGACACAGCCACCAAGAAAGCUAUGAUAUUUAGAAAAUGUUACCUGUGCAGCAUAGUAAUAUUAUACAAUUUUGAAAUGCAUAAAUGAAUGAAAGCCAGCUGGUCUCCAGGCUGGAACCUGGGAAACUAUGGUUGAACCUUUUUAGGGUUGAGUGGUUAUGGUGGCCUUAAUGUUACUGUAGUGUCCUAUAGAUUAUUCCAAACUGUCAAUCAAAGGGUCCCUAUUGCUUUUAAGGUGACCCCAAACUCAUUGUGCUUUAAUGUUUUGAAUUUCACACAGAAAUGUGCCAGUUAAUGUCUCUGUUUGUUUUGUUGCCCUCCAAUGGGAUAUAUUUGUGUUGCCUCAGUUUCAUGCCAAUGAUUACACAGUAAAUUUAGAUGUGGUCUUUAGGCAUCAUACAUGUUUAUCUCUGUUGACUAUUAUUAGAGAGCUAUUUGACACAUUGUUUAGCUGCUCUCAUGCAAGAGAGGAUUCACAGGGCUGGUUUAAAGCUGCACUGUGCAACUGCUGCAUAGACAAAACCAUCUAUGAAAUAUAAUUUUGAAUGGCAUUUUUUUAUUGCUACUGUAUCUCUACAAUUGCUGGUUGAUCAUUACAACAUACUCAUAAGUCAACUCAAGCCAAACUGCAUAUAUGAUUAGCAGGUUAUAGGAUCUUAGAUAAUACAAAGCAUGUUUUUUGAGCAUAUGAACCUAAAGUCAUUAUUUUUGUCAUUUCUCAUUGAUUGCCUUUUUUUCCACAUCCCAGCAGAAUGAGUGAGCAGCAAGGCUGAUGUAAUGGAUUGCAUACAACUGUUGGUAUAAAUAACAUGCAAUACUUACCAUUGCUUUUUGUGCAUAUUACAUUAAAUGAUCAGACUAAUAGGGCAAUCAUGUCACUUUAGAGCAAAAUGUUGUGAAAAGAUUGUAGACAUAUUUCUCAGUUUUAUAUUACUAUUUGAACUGAUUUAUACAAUUUUAAGGCCUGGUCUGAGGCUGUACUGACACGGAAAAUUGUCUAAUAUUUUUUAUUUUAUUUUGUUGCCAAAUUUUUCAAUGUUGCUUGUCACAACUUUUUUUUGCUUGUAAGACAAUGUUGUAAGAGCCUACAUAUAAUAUGUCCUUAAAUAUAGGAUUAAAGACCUCCCCAUAUUAGGAAAAGCCACACUCUGAGGACUAUUUGAAUCUCCUCGCAUGAAAAUCAUCAAGCUAAGUGAAAUAGUUGGCUUUGGUUGAUGAUGUAUCUUUCUUGAUGUUUUAUGACUUUGACCUUGUAUGUUGUUCUCUGGAUAAAAGUUAUUUUUCUGAUGACUUUAAAUAAUGCAAUUGAAAUAUUUUUAUAAAUACAUAUCUGUUGGGAUUGGGACUAAGACAUGAGGUUCACACUCCAAAACUGAAAUAAAAAUGCAGAUAAUAUUUUUAUUUUAUAAAUUACUUAUGUAAAUAAGUAAAACUUCCUUAUCAUUUCAAUGAUUUUCUUUGACAGGAGAUUUAUAUUGAAUAACUACCAGAAAAUCUGAUGAGAAAUAAACAAGUGUAUAUGUU